GUAAAGUGCACUCUGUCUGUUAUUAUCCUUGAGCUUGUGUUCAUUUUUUCUCUCUCAAGAACAAAGAAGCAUUUGUGUGCGCUGCCAAAGAUGUGAUGUCAACCUGCCAAUCAGUGACCGACUUCAUUCAAGUCAUCGCCAAGCACUGCCUGGAUGAACAAUGUGCACAGGAACUGUCUCUCGUAGUGGAGCAGCUUCUCACCAUCACUAACCAGCUAAGCAUCCUCUCCAGUGUCAACGCUGUAACGCCUGGCUGCAAAUCAUCCGACGAGAUCCUGGUGAAGAACGUGCAGAACCUUCUCCACACAGUCCUGAGAGGGGUCCAUGCAGCAGAAACAGCCUGCAUCACAGGUUUAAAGCAGCCUGCCCCGAACUCAGCUGAAGCAGAGGCGAUGGCUUUAUGUUUCCAGUGGAAGAGGAACCUGGAACUCCAUCGGGCCCAAGAGACCUCGAACCCACAAACCGACGAUCUGGGUUUGAGGAAGACCUCAUCGCAAUGUGCCGCACCGAGUCUGGCGUCGCCUGUGCAAGAUGGCUCCAAGUUAACGCUUCAAGGGAAAGGUGCUCUUUAUUGUUUCCAAAAAGUAAUGACUACCUCUGACAAGUGCACAUAGAACAUAAAGAGAGCAAAUAGAAAAGUACAAACAUCAUGUAAAAAAGAAAAUAGUACAAACUAUGUGGUUGUAGAUUUUAGUAGUGUAGUGGUUCACAUAGCUGACUGCCAUGUGAGAUCAAUUCCAACACAGCACUAAAUGUUAUGUAGGAUUGUGGUAUUACAUUUAUUAUCUAUUAAGAUAUGUACAGUCAAUUAAAAUGCUGCAGUGCACUGACGAAUAACAUGAUUAUCAAUGAAAACACGUCGUUUAAAAAAAAUGCAUUUACAUUUUGAAGACACAAACAAAAAAAAUCCAUCAAGAAGUACUAAUAUGGCUUAUGUGUAAAUUAGUCACAUGUCACUUGUAAUUAUUUUCAGGCAGAAAAUAUGAAAGUAAAAACAUUUAAUAUUUAGUAUAAUUUACAAGCUUGUCACUAGAAAAUAGUCUAUAAUGGAGUGUUAUUAAACAGCCAUGGAGCGUGGACGCCAUUUUUGAUAGAAGACUCCAUAAUUUACACAUUUUAAAAUGACGCACACUGUAAGCAGAAAUAUAAACAUAAAAAAAUAAUAUUUUGCUGAUGAAAUUGUGUUUGACUGUAAUGAGGCAGAACUUGAAUUAAAAAGACAUAAGAAAUCCA